AUGCCCGUUCCGCCUGUGCGAGGAUCAGCACAGCUUGCGCAAAGCAACGGCAAGGGAAGAGAGAAGAAUGGCAAGGGACGGGCGCAUGCAAGCACCAGCACAGAUGUUGGGUCUGCAGCAUCGUGUCCCAUCUACGCUGCCACCGCAACUACUGCUGCACCUCCAGGAAAGCCAACGAAAAAACGCAAGAGUGACGGGCUGAGCAGACCGGCGCCGUACACCGCGGAAGAUGGCAAGAAGCGCUAUCCUUGCGGUCAUCCUGGCUGCAACAAGACGUUCUCCACGAGUGGCCACGCCGCGAGACACAGCCGCAUACAUGCAGGCUCCCGGCCGUAUAUGUGCACGUUCCCCAACUGCAAGGCGCGCUUUUCACGGCAAGACAACAGCCUGCAGCACUACAAGACGCACAUUGCAGCGACUAAGAGCGGCAAAGAAGCCGAUCUCAGCUAUGCGUCCAAGACGCAGGAGGAGCUGGUCGAGGAGGAAGCGCACAUUGCAAUCGGUCGCAAAGCGUUGGAGGAUGGCACCGCGAUCGCGGUCGUACGAGAUAUCAUUGAUAGUAAUGGACAGAAAAAGGGAGAACAUGUCGAGCGAACAGUUGGGCUGCCGCUGAGCACGCGCAAUCCCCCUCUGACGUCGUCGAACGCAAAUGCGAACGCGAAGGAAGCUAUAAGCCAACAGCAGUGA